UUGAUAUGUUCAAGUAGCUUUUUGGUAUAAUGUGAUUUGAUUAUCGAGUGCUAAGAAUAAAAUGUAAGAGAUGUAACAUUCGAUUGUUGUUGUGUAAUCCAGUGUUUAUUGAAGUGACGUUCGUUUACAUUUAUUUAUUUUGUGCCGAUGUUAGGCUUCGUUUUGUUUUCAUUUUAGUUAAUUUGAUAAUAGUGCACGACACUAAACUCAGUUUCUUUGAAAUUUUAAAUGAAAAAAACUAUUAAAUUUAUCUAAAUCAAGUAUUACAUAAGUGGUGAAUUAUUGGCAUAUCAACAAACAUGGCAUAUUGUGAUUUUAUUGCUGGAACAUGUGCAGGUGUCUGCAACAUGCUCAUUACGCAUCCCCUGGAUACGAUAAAAACAAAUAUGCAAUCGAGCAACUUAACAUUUACCAAAUCAAUGUUCAAAGUGUACAAAGCAGGAGGAAUGAACGGGUAUUACAGAGGACUGCUGUUUCCCAUCACAUCAACUGGAUUUUUAAAUUCAAUAAUUUUUGGUGUAUAUGGGAACUCUUUCCGCUACAUGCAAGAUAUAACAAAUUCCGAACAACUGAGACAAAAAUUUUGGUAUAGCCAAGUAUUUAUGGCUGGAUGUACUGGUGGCAUUGUGAAGGCAGUUGUCGCAUGUCCAAUCGAAUUAUCGAAAGUUAGACUACAAAUUACAGUAAGUAAAGCCACCGGACCAUCACAAGUUUUAAAAGAGCUGUGCAAGACUGAAGGACUGAAAGGACCGUUUAAAGGAUUAACGGCUAUGCUAUGGAGAGACGCUAUACCAUACGGAUUAUUCAUGCUCAUUUAUGAGUAUUUGGCCGAAAGACUGUCAAACGGAUACGAAAUUAACGGAAAGCACAUAAGAAAUGCUGAUAUAGAUCCCAUUUACACAGCCACGGCUGGUGCUGUCGCUGGAAUGGUAUCUUGGCUACCGGCCAUACAUUUCGAUGUAAUAAAAACACGGAUGAUGGCUGAGAAUGAUCCGAAAAAAUUUCGGAGCGUUUGGCACUGUUUCAACGUUAUCAUAAAAGAAUCUGGACUCAAAUCGUUGUUUCGAGGUGGAACAGUUUUAGUGUUGCGAUCAGCCCCAAUAUCAGCGAUUUCCUUUUUGACCUACGAAUAUGUGCUGAAACAAUGCAAUGGAGUCAGCUGAGAUUUCGAUGAUCAUUAAAAUCGUUUUAG